AGAGUACCUGACUAUGUAAAUUGCACGCGUGUGUCCGCAUUUACCAAAGCUUAUCGACAGCAAGAUCUCUAUUCAGAAAUCGCCAAUGAUGCAACAGGGUGGUCAAUAUCUACCCAGCGAAUGGCUUUGGAUGUACCAUCUGGCACGCCUAAUUGGGUCGAUACGAUAUGCAGACCUCUACAUAUGCAUCGCUGUGGAAAUUCUUACAAACUGGAAGGCGGAUGUUUCUUGUCGGGAUUGUCGUCGAAUACAAGAAACACGUCAUUUCAUCAUAAAUCUGAAGAAACUUUAUCGAUUCCUAAAUCGUUAGAUGAAACUUAUGAGACCGAAAAUCUAAAAUCAACAUGGAAAAUAAGAAGUCCGUGCCAAACAGGAUGUGAUUCGUUUACUGACAUUGACCUGAUGUUUGUUAUCGAUGGCUCAGCAUCAAUAAAAGAUGAUAAUUUUGCUCUCAUGCUUGACUGGAUUAAAAAUGUUUCAAAGGGAUUCGACAUAUCCGAACCAGUCAGAAUAGGCGUCGUUCAAUAUUCUCACUGGAGCCCAAUGGAUGAUUUAAACAACCAACGUUUGAUAAAAACAGAAAUUGGACUGGGGCAGUACAGAAACGAAACUGCCUUUGACAACGCGGUCAACAACAUAAAGUAUCAAAGAUCAUCAACGUACACAGCACACGCAAUUAAUAAGACAGUAUUGUAUGAUUUCAAAGGAUCUAAUAACAGAUAUCCGGAGGCUGGUAGAGUCAUGAUCUUGCUCACCGAUGGAAAGUCUACUGAUGGAGAAUUGUUGCCAUAUAGUGCUCGUUUUGCAGCUGAGGAAGGUGUAAUUUCUUAUGCUGUUGGUGUUGGACAUGCAUUUGACCCGACUGAACUGCUUUUGAUAGCUGGAACAAAAAGUAGAGUGUUUGAGGUAGCAAAAUUUAGUGCAUUGGACAAUAUUGUCAAAGGACUUCAACAGAGUAUUACUCAAUCACUGGAGGGUGAGCCUACGAACAGAACGAAUGAAUUAAUCCACUGCGAAGCGGGUUUUUCCUCCGUACUUACCAAGGCAAGUCGAAAUAUUCAUUGUACUAUAAAAUAUACUAUAACGAAUUGUGGUGAGAAUGUGUAGUUCUGUUUUAUCCAGUAUGGUGUGGAAGAGGGAGAUGCGCUCUUUACUAGGUUAAAAUAAUAUGAGUGGGAGUGUUAGUGUGUGAUCGUAUGAGCAGCAUCAUGUUCGCUUAAUGGUCGUAGGCGCUCGUGACGUAUAGGCGGUAGAUGUUAAAGGCGUAUACGUUUAGGCUAUAUUCAGUACGGUUAUAAAUAAGCCUGCCGGUUUUAUACAUUUCAUUGCGGUAUAUGUAUUAAAGAAGGCAGGUGGGUUGGGAACAUAGGCGAUAUUUUUGUGUUAUAGACUUUUUCGUAUAGUUUAUUCGGCGGUCCCG